CUUCCAAUCAAGAAGAGUUUUACCCUGGAGUGAAGAAAGCAGGAGGAGAAAGGAGGUUUUAAGAGGAGAGGGUUGUGGUUUUUUUUUCUUCUUUCCCCGUUUUCUUUUAACUUUACAUUUUCAAGCUGGAGCGGCAGCGCCGGGCCUUUCCUUUUUUUUUCUUUCCAGAGGAAAAAAAUUAAAUACAACAGAAGGGGAGAAAAAUGGCGAACGACUCUCCUGCAAAAAGUCUGGGAGACAUAGACCUUUCCUCUUUGCGGGAUCCUGCUGGGAUUUUUGAGCUGGUGGAAGUGGUAGGCAAUGGCACAUAUGGGCAAGUUUAUAAGGGUCGACAUGUCAAGACAGGUCAACUGGCAGCCAUCAAAGUCAUGGAUGUUACAGAGGAUGAAGAAGAAGAAAUCAAACUGGAGAUAAAUAUGUUGAAAAAAUACUCCCAUCAUAGAAAUAUUGCAACUUACUAUGGUGCUUUCAUUAAGAAAAGUCCCCCAGGACAUGAUGAUCAACUGUGGCUUGUUAUGGAGUUUUGUGGUGCUGGGUCUAUUACAGAUCUUGUGAAAAACACGAAAGGAAGUACUCUGAAGGAAGACUGGAUAGCAUACAUCUCCAGGGAAAUUCUCAGGGGAUUGGCCCAUCUCCAUGCUCAUCAUGUGAUUCAUCGGGAUAUCAAAGGACAGAAUGUAUUGUUAACAGAAAAUGCUGAAGUGAAGCUGGUGGAUUUUGGUGUGAGUGCUCAACUGGACAGGACGGUUGGUAGAAGAAAUACUUUUAUUGGAACACCUUACUGGAUGGCUCCAGAGGUCAUUGCCUGUGAUGAAAAUCCAGAUGCUACCUAUGAUUACAGAAGUGACCUUUGGUCAUGUGGCAUUACAGCCAUCGAGAUGGCAGAAGGAGCUCCCCCCCUCUGUGACAUGCAUCCAAUGAGAGCCCUGUUUCUUAUUCCAAGAAACCCUCCUCCACGGCUAAAAUCCAAGAAAUGGUCAAAAAAGUUCUUUAGUUUUAUAGAGGGCUGUUUAGUGAAAAAUUAUACGCAACGACCUUCUACAGAGCAGCUUUUAAAACAUCCAUUUAUACGUGAUCAGCCAAAUGAAAGGCAAGUCCGAAUCCAGCUUAAGGAUCAUAUAGACCGAACCAGAAAGAAGAGAGGAGAGAAAGAUGAAACAGAAUACGAGUAUAGUGGAAGUGAAGAGGAGGAAGAGGAAGUGCCUGAACAAGAAGGAGAGCCAAGUUCUAUUGUUAAUGUGCCUGGAGAAUCAACCCUUAGACGUGAUUUCCUGAGACUGCAGCAGGAAAACAAGGAACGUUCUGAGGCUCUUCGUAGACAACAGCUGCUACAGGAACAGCAGCUCCGAGAGCAAGAGGAGUACAAGAGGCAGCUGCUGGCGGAGAGACAAAAGCGCAUUGAACAACAGAAAGAGCAAAGGAGGCGAUUAGAAGAGCAACAAAGAAGAGAACGAGAAGCUCGAAGGCAGCAAGAGCGGGAGCAGCGGAGAAGAGAACAGGAGGAGAAGAAACGAUUGGAGGAAAUGGAAAAAAGACGUAAGGAGGAGGAGGAAAGGAGAAGAGCUGAGGAAGAAAAGAGGAGAGUGGAGAGAGAACAGGAGUAUAUCAGGCGACAGCUAGAAGAGGAGCAGCGGCACUUGGAAAUUCUUCAGCAGCAGCUGCUCCAGGAGCAGGCCAUGUUACUGGAAUACAGAUGGCGAGAGAUGGAAGAACAUCGGCAAGCAGAGCGCCUCCAGCGUCAGUUGCAACAGGAGCAGGCAUAUCUUUUGUCUCUUCAGCAUGACCACAGGAGGCAGCAGCAGCAGCAGCAGCAGCAAGAAAGAAAUAAACCAAACUACCAUACCCCUGAGCCUAAAUCCCAUUAUGAAGCUACUGAAAGACCACGGGAGGUUGACGAUCGAUAUAGAAAGAAUAAUCAGGGCUCCCCUGAAGCACAGUCUAAACAGACAAACAAAGCAUUGGAGCCACCAGUGCCUUCAAGAUCAGAGUCCUUUUCAAAUGGAAAUUCUGAGCCUGUUCAACCUUCACUGCAAAAGCCAAUGGAACCGCAGGUACAGUGGUCCCAUCUGGCAUCUCUCAAGAACAAUGUUUCCCCUGUCUCGCGGUCCCAUUCCUUCAGUGACCCUUCUCCCAAAUUUGCACAUCACCAUCUUCGCUCUCAGGACCCAUAUCCACCUUCACGCAGUGAAGUCCUAAGUCAGAGUUCUGACUCUAAGUCUGAGGUACCUGACCCCACCCAAAAGGCUUGGGCUAGAUCAGACAGUGACGAGGUGCCUCCAAGGGUACCUGUGAGAACAACAUCAAGAUCCCCUGUGUUGUCUCGCCGAGAUUCUCCGCUGCAGGGUGGUGGGCAGCAAAAUAACCAAGCAGGUCAAAGAAACUCUACAAGCAAUAUAGAGCCUCGCCUGCUCUGGGAGAGAGUAGAGAAGCUGGUGCCGAGACCAGGAAGUGGCAGUUCGUCUGGUUCUAGUAAUUCAGGUUCACAGCCUGGGUCACAUCCUGGGUCUCAGAGUGGAUCUGGAGAGAGAUUCCGAAUGAGAUCAUCAUCAAAAUCUGAAGGAUCACCGUCACAGCGUAAUGAAACUGCGACUAAAAAAGCCGAAGAGAAGAAGGAAGCCUUCAGACCCAGCAAACCUGUGGGUGAAGUGGAUUUAACCGCUUUGGCAAAUGAAUUGCGGGCAGUGGAGGAUGUGCGGCCUCCCCAUAAGGUGACAGAUUAUUCAUCAUCUAGUGAAGAAUCAGGGACAACGGAUGAAGAUGAUGAUGACAUGGAGCAAGAAGGAGUUGAUGAAUCUACUUCUGGACCAGAAGAUACCAGAGCAGUAUCUACUCUGAACCUUAGCAAUGGAGAAACCGAAUCUGUGAAGACGAUGAUAGUGCAUGAUGACGUGGAAAGUGAGCCUGCCAUGACUCCUUCCAAGGAGGGCACUUUAAUUGUCCGGCAGAGUACAGUUGACACAAAGCGUGCCAGCCAUCAUGAGAGCAAUGGCUUUGCCGGUCGCAUUCACCUCUUGCCAGAUCUCUUACAGCAAAGCCAUUCCUCCUCCACUUCCUCCACCUCCUCCUCCCCAUCCUCCAGCCAGCCGACACCCACCAUGUCCCCACAGACACCCCAGGACAAGCUAACUACUAAUGAGACUCAGUCCGCUAGUAACACACUGCAGAAACACAAAUCUUCCUCCUCAUUUACACCUUUUAUAGACCCCAGAUUACUACAGAUUUCUCCAUCUAGUGGAACAACUGUCACUUCUGUUGUAGGGUUCUCUAGUGAAGCAAUGAGAUCAGAGGCAAUAAGGCAAGAUCCAACCAGGAAAGGAUCCGUUGUUAAUGUGAACCCUACCAAUACACGGCCACAGAGUGACACCCCAGAGAUUCGCAAAUACAAAAAGAGAUUCAAUUCUGAAAUCUUGUGUGCUGCCUUAUGGGGAGUGAAUUUGUUAGUUGGAACAGAGAGUGGCCUAAUGCUGCUGGACAGAAGUGGCCAAGGGAAGGUAUAUCCAUUAAUAAACAGACGACGGUUCCAGCAAAUGGAUGUACUUGAAGGUCUGAAUGUCUUGGUGACAAUAUCAGGCAAGAAAAACAAAUUGAGAGUUUAUUAUUUGUCCUGGUUAAGAAACAAAAUCCUUCACAAUGACCCUGAAGUAGAAAAGAAACAAGGUUGGACAACUGUGGGUGAUUUGGAAGGCUGUGUGCACUAUAAAGUUGUAAAAUAUGAAAGAAUUAAGUUCUUGGUAAUUGCUUUGAAGUGUUCUGUGGAAGUCUAUGCCUGGGCACCAAAGCCAUACCACAAAUUUAUGGCAUUUAAGUCGUUUGGAGAUUUGGGACAUAAGCCAUUAUUAGUGGAUCUUACCGUAGAAGAAGGCCAGAGACUGAAGGUGAUCUAUGGCUCUUGUGCUGGAUUCCAUGCAGUGGAUGUAGACUCGGGAUCAGUGUAUGACAUUUACCUCCCAACACAUAUCCAGAGUAGUAUCCAACCCCAUGCAAUCAUUAUUCUACCAAACACUGAUGGAAUGGAGCUGCUAGUUUGCUAUGAGGAUGAAGGAGUAUAUGUUAAUACAUAUGGAAGAAUCACCAAAGAUGUGGUUCUGCAGUGGGGAGAGAUGCCUACAUCAGUGGCAUAUAUUCGAUCAAAUCAGAUUAUGGGCUGGGGAGAAAAGGCUAUUGAGAUACGGUCGGUGGAAACAGGACACCUCGAUGGUGUAUUUAUGCACAAAAGGGCACAGAGACUCAAGUUUCUGUGUGAACGUAACGACAAGGUUUUCUUUGCCUCUGUACGAUCUGGGGGAAGCAGUCAAGUUUAUUUCAUGACCUUAGGAAGGACUUCUCUUCUGAGCUGGUAGAAGCUAAUAUAUUUUGGCAAGGGAUCGCUGACAUCCAGAGUCUUCAUAACUUGGAAUCAUUUGCAACUGGAGUACAGGCCUGCCGUGAUGCUGUUCCACAUGCAAAAAAGCAUGUUCAGGCAUCACUGGUGUUGGGUUCUUUUUGUUUUAAAACUGAGGCCGUCAUAUGCGGCUGGUGCUGUAAAGAUACUGCCAUCAGGUGCUAUCAGAUUUGGGAUCCCACUAGAGAAAGAAUCAGGUCUCCUCCCCCUCUCCCUCAGCUCCAGAAUUCCUAAUGAAAAAGGAAGAGACUGAUAUGUUUUUGAAAGGAGGGCAGGCGUGAGAAGGUGGCUGGAAGUGAUGUAGGCAGAAGCCAGUGUUGCUGAUGCGGAGGGCAGAUUUAAUAUAGUAAUAUUAACAGUGUAUUUAAUUGACAUUUCUCUCUUUUUCUUUUGUAAUGUGACAAUAUGUGGACAAAGAGGAAGGUGCAGGUUUUAAAAUAUUUAUAAAAUGUGAAAAGGCACAGUGGUUUUAGGGGAGGUAGGGUGAUAUUUUUUUUGCUCUUUUUUACGUUGGCCAGGCCAAGAGUUGUCCUUUUUUCUGUGUACCGAGUUUUGCCUAAAUACCACAUAAGGAUGGAGUUUUUAAAAUAAAUAAACAGAAUUGUUCAUUUUUCUAUACUGACUUUUCAUUUGGCCAGAACUUGGUGAUGUCAGUGUUAGCACUGCUUCAGUUAAAGGUUUAAUUUUUGUUUAAACCUAAAAUAAGAUAUGUGACAACUUUUACUACCAGUCUGCUCAUGCAGCAUUUCGGGAAGAAAGUCCAGAUGUGUUUUUGUUUUUAUUUUAUGUGCCUACCUCAUCAUUUCUAAUGCAUACAAUAAAAGAGGUGGUUUAGGGUUAUACUUUCUUUCUUUUUACAGGUAAACAAAAUACUAAUGUCCAGUUAAUUGUACCAAAACUAACAUAUGAAAGAGGUUUGACUGUUAAUUUUCUCUCAGGUUUCAGCAGGAGAGACCAGCAGUCAUUUGAGAUAGUUGAAAUCGACUUGUGGCAGUGAGCAAAUGGAUUCAGUAGCCCAGUUUUUCACUUUUUAAUCAGUUUCAUCAUGGAUAGAAGUGUAAGGAAUUUAGCCUAAAAUUCAGAAGGUUUUCUUUUAACACCUUGGGCUUUAGUAACAGCAAAUAACAAUAACUAGGCUAAUUCUUUAAUUGAUUAAAUAUUGUAGGAAACUUUUUUGAGAAGGUAAUGUUUUCCUUUUUCUAAAAAUGCAAUGCACUAAAACUAUUUUAAGAAUGUAGUGAAUACCGCUUACUCCUUUAAAAAGACAACAGCAUAAACUUGUGUUUCAGUGUAAGAUCUGAACUCUUGGCACUCUUUUCCCCCUCCCUCUGCCCUGCCUUCUUAAAGGAAAAAAAAUCAGUUUUGUUUUAAUGAGUAAGUUUUUGGCCUUUGUAAUAAAUGUCUCAAGACUAAUACUUUGUUUAAAAGACUACACGUGUUCAUUACUUGAGAAACCUUGAGUGUGUAAUUUAUCUGUUGGUGAUGUAAUAAUGCACAGUGUCACGAUUCACUCAUUCUGGUUUUUAAAAAGGAUUUUAAACUCUCUUUGGUAAGGUUGCCAGCCUCCAGGUGGAUCUGGAGAUCUCCUGGAAUUACAACAGAUCUCCAGACUGCAGAGAUGUUUUCCACUGGAGAAAAUGGCUGCUUUGGAGGAUAAACUAUGGCUUUAUACCUUGCUGAGAUCCCUCCUCUCCCUAAACUUUGCCCUCCCCAGGUUCCACCCCCAAAUCUCCAGGAAUUUCCCAAUCCAGAGCUGGCAACCUUACUUUUUGGUAGGGUGCUUUCGUUGACAGCUGCCUUAAGCUCACUGUUUGGUCAGUAAACUGGAUUCCAGUGUUUCAUGGGCUUUGUCUUCUGCUGUGAUUACCUUUUUUAUGGCAUGGCGUAACAGGGAUUUCAUUAUGAUUCUUCAGUCAAGUUGUUUUGAUUGUUCCAAUGAGAGUGAUCACAUGGCUUGCUUUGUAUUGAACAGUGCCAGCUGAGUGAGCCCGCUCCUUGACAAGUCUGACUUCUGGCAUCUGUCAGACUGCUGCUGUUCUUGACCAACAUUUUUGUCUUUGCUAUAAAGGCUUUCUUUGGAAGAACAAGAACAAUUUUCUUUGUUUUAUUUUGAAGGUAACUAGUGUAAAACACACACAUAAGAAUGCCUUAUAAUUGUUGGCAGAAAAACUUUUUGAAGUCUCUCUUUUUUUAACUUUUUACUUGCAGCAUAGCACUGAAGGUCAGGGCCAAGAGGGCUGGGGAUGGAGAAUGAUCUUUUUGUACCUGUUAGCAAGACAGCCAAAAGAGCAACUCUGCUUUGACCAGCAGUAAAUGAAUGGGACUCAGAAGACCAAAACAGACACACAAAAUAUAAAUGUGUGGUACAUUGGCACUAUAACAUAGUUUACUGGAUUGCCAGAUGCCAUUGGCAAACAAUGACACUGAGUGGUUAAACUGAUUUAAAUCUUGGUCUUUGUCUCUCAUGCCACCUUAUUAUAUAUAUAUAUAUUUUAAGACUACUAUUCAUAAAUGUAUGGAUAUUCUCAUAGGGAGAAAUUCCUAGGUCAAUAUGCUGGUGAAGUUUUGUACAACGAACAGGGGCAGGAAAAUGACUCAUUCAGUAGGGCAGUCACCUUGCUGCCCUGAGUCCCACAUAAGUGCCAAGGUGGCUAAUUUUACAAGUCAAAUCAGUAUUAUGAAACCACUACAUAUAUAAAAAUGUUGAAAUCCAUUUUUAAAAGCAGUGCUUUUGGUAAGCAUCAAAAAUACUCCUAGUUUUAGUUUUAAGCUUUAAGUAAUAAUUUUCUGUAUCCUAAGAAAGUAAUUCUAACUGUAUGCAGUGACUUUAUUUUUAUUGUAUGCACAUGUUACGUUGAAGAAAUGUUUACAAAAUUGUUUUGUUAUACUAAUGUGCAUCACAUAUUUAUGAUUUCUUUCGAAGUGAUUUUGUGACGUUUAGGUUUUCAUAGCAGUAGCAGUACACAUUUUUGUGAUUUUUUUUAAUAACCCCACUCUGCCAACUAUAAAGAUGCUUAAACAAUAAUACAAAUGACAAAACUACAGUAAAAAUUACUAAUUGUAGAGCUGCAAAGCAGACUGGUGGCAAUUAAACACUUAGCCUUUUUUGCAGUGCUGUCUAAUUUGUCUUUUGUGUAUUAUAAAAUUACUGUUUUAUCCCCCCCCCCACGUUUUUCCUUAAAUAAAGUAAAAAUGAUACCUA